AUUCUGAUUCGCCAUUAUUUUUCACGUAUUGAUUAAUAUUUAUAGAAAGACCAAAGAAUUACAUAGCUGAUUUUGUAUACUUGUUUAUUAUUAAGCAAGAUGGAAAAACGCAUCAAACUGCUAGUUAUCUGUUUUUGUGUGAUAAUUGCUGUCUUUGAAGCAAAAGGAAAAGGUGUAGCACCAGCAGUAAAGGAUGAGCUUCAACCAUGUAAUAGUUCAAAGGAAUGUGGCUAUAACCAGUGUUGUGUCGUCGAAAAUCUUAAAGGACGGAAAAAAAGAUCUAUUAGUUUCGCCGGAGUUUGUAGACCAUAUGGGCAAAUCGGUUCAGUCUGUGUAGUAGAAAAUCAAUAUGUUAAUGCUAAUGUGUUUCGAGGUUGGUGUCCAUGUAAAAAUCCAUUCAAUUGUAAUGGAUCAGGGAUUACUGAAGUUCCUUAUGGUGAAAAAGGUGAGAAAUGUAUAUGUAGUUCAGAUAUUAGACCGUAA